UCUGGCUGCCUCCUCUAGGUAUGCACGGCCUUCACUGCCGAGUACGCCAAGCAGGGGCACGUCAAGAUGCACCACGGCUACACCAACGUGGUGGGCCUGGGGGACUCAAGCACGUGGAGGCUGCCUUGCCUCAACCGCUAUGUCUACAUGUUCCUUGCUCCUCUCUCACUCCCCAUCGUAACCCCGCUGGUGGCAGUCGAGCGGCUGAGGAAGGUGGAGCUCAGGACAGCGCUGCGGACACUGGCCCUGAUUUCCCUGGGCCUUUAUUCUCACUACUGGCUGCUCCUGAACGUGUCAGGCUUCAAGAGCCCCCGCUCGGCCCUGGUCUGUAUGUUCCUCACCAGAUCCCUGCUGGCCCACCCUUACCUCCAUGUCAACAUCUUCCAGCACAUCGGGCUGCCCAUGUUCUCUCGCGACACCAAGCCCCGACGGAUUCACAUGAUGAGCCUGGGGGUGCUUAACCUGCCGCGGCUGCCCGUGCUGGACUGGGCGUUUGGCCACUCACUCAUCAGCUGCCACGUGGAGCACCACCUCUUCCCCAAGCUCUCCGACAACAUGUGCCUGAAGGUGAAGCCCGUGGUGUCCCGGUUCUUCCAUGAAAAGCAGCUGCCAUACAAUGAGGACUCGUACCUGUCUCGCUUACGUCUGUUUCUCAGUCACUACGAGGAGUUAAUGGUGCAGGCCCCGCCGAUCACAGAGCUUGUGGGGCUGCAAUGAGGGCCAGGCCGGUACAGCCUCUGCUGCUCCCCCUGCUGCUGCAGGCCCAGUGGGUGUGGCUCAGUGGCUGG